GCAUGGCCGCCGGCGAGCCCCUCUGGUCGGACGGCGGCGGGUCGGAGUCGGCGUCUGCGCCGGGCUCGCUGGCGCACGCGGGUUCCGCUGCGUCCACUGCCCUUGCCCCGCCGAGGCAGCCGCAGGCCGUCGCCCCCGGGAAAUCGCCGAUGGAGGCCUCACGGCUGAACGACCUGACGCUAGAUCAUCGCCACUCGGGAAAUCAACGCGGCGAGUUGAAGCUCACCGACGAGGAGCUCGCCAAGCUGCUGCUUGAGCUACCCGAGGGCUGCAUUCUGUGGCGCAUGCACGAGGUGGAGAGGGGACCGCGGCCAGGGAGCUCAUCGGCCACGUGCCGCGAAGGCGGCGUGGAGGCCCCGCAGCACCCGCGGCGGCACCUCUCGGAACGGCAGGCGCGGCACAAAGCGGAGCAGCAGCGCGCCGCGGCGCCCGCCGCCAGCGCGGAGGGAGGGGCGAGGGUCGCCAGAGGCCAGGGCCGCGGCAGAGGCCGCCCCGCGGCCGCGAAGGCUCGGUCGGGCGGCCGGGCGCCGGCCGGGCGCCCCGCCGCGGAGAAGGAGCAGCGCGAGGAUCCCGAAGCACUGGCGGGGCCGCCGAGGCCCAGGCGCGAGAGGGGCGGCAGGGGACGGCCAGCGCUCGGCGGAGCCGCGGAGCACCAGGCCUUCGAGGGCGACACGGCAUGUCGAGUUGAGUGCCUGCAAAUCGAGGCAGAUCCAGGUACGAUCGAGGUGACUCCAGAGAUCUCACAGGAAAAUCUGAAGCAAGUCGUCUAG